CAACGAAACCUUACCAUAAUAACAGAGUCUUACAAUUUUCCUUUUUUUCCCUCCUUUUCAGUCUCAUAAGAUGUCUUCCUCUCCAGAAAGAUCACUACGCGACGAUACAACACCUUUCUUGCUGCAUCUCUUCUAUCGUACAGGAUCCCUUCACAGGCCAGAUGAAUUUGAGUCGCAUAGUUUGCCGCCACAUAUACCUGUGUAUACAUGGUCAGACUGUACUCUGAACGAGUUAGCUCUGGAACUUGCAGGCGCCAAAAAGUCGGCGUUGCCUUCGCCCUCUGUGGGAUGUCGUCUUGUAUUCCAGUUGGUAUUUCCAGACCUUCGAAACACCUCCGCAGUCGCAAAUUCUCCCCCUAAAUACGGGGUUAAGGACCUCGGCAGCAUUGUACUGGGUGGUGGUUCCGCAGCAGACACAUCUGGUGAUAUUCCCAUGGAUGGCACAACAAGAGGCAGUGACGACAAAACCAAGACACUGAGCGAUUGUCGAUUUGUAGUUGGCGACUACAUCACUUGCGCAAUAUUACCACCACUCUCGGAUGGCUCAGUGGCGCCCGCUUCAAGCGUGCGAAGGGAGCAGGCUUCGGGUCCACAUGAAGUCCGAGGGGUUCACCGGGGAGGUCGAGAUCACGGUUCUGGGCGGAGGAGCUCGAGAGGGGGACGAGCUGGCUGGAGAGAUGAUGUCGGGGGAGAUUUUCCCAUGGGCGAUUGGAGAAGAGGCGAAAGGUUACCGGACACCUCUAGUGGGCGAUCGAGAGGCAGAGCGAGGUGGUAACAGACGCCCAGUGCUUAAUUUGAUAGCGUCACUUCGAUUAUACCCAUUUUCCAUUCAAUUCAUCAAACAUAUCACAAUCUCGGCGACCACUCGUUCAUUGUUGACCUCGGUUCAAUUGAAUCCCUACCAUGGGCUCUAUCCCAAUCCGGGUGCUUUAUAUGUACACAUCUCAACACUCCAAUGCCUGGCUGGUUUAUUUCUCGUAGAUGAGGUCGCCCUUUCGCUUCGCUCGGAAAUCCCAAAGUCCCUUCACUUGUCAGCAUUUCGGUGGUCGUCGCGUUGCCUAUUCCUUGACUUACGUCGGUGCUGUAGGCGAUGUAGCCCAUGAUGGCGGGGACCACAGCCACGUAGGUGAAGGUGAGCCGGGCAGUUCGGGGCGUC